GUGUGCCUCUCACUGCCCGCCAGAAAGGAGUUGUGUGCUGCGCUGCGCUGCGCCGUGACAUUCGAUAUCUGUGUGAGCGACGGUUUGACAUUGUCGCUGAGAACUGUGGUCCUCGCACCGAGCGGCGCGGCCGUGUUAGAGACCAGGCAAGAUGAUAGUGUGUUGUAACGGCUGCCAGAAGCCCAUCACGGGCAAGUUCCUGGUGACGGUGCUGGAGAGGACGUGGCACGCCGAGUGUGUCCGCUGCUCCGACUGCGGCUGUGCCCUCACCGACAAGUGCUUCAGCCGCGAGGGAAAACUCUUCUGCAGACCAGACUUCUUCAGGCGGUUCGGGACCAAGUGCUCGGGGUGUCUGCAGGGCAUCUCGCCGCAGGACCUGGUGAGGAAGGCUCGUGACCGCGUCUUCCACCUCAAGUGCUUCACCUGCUGCGUCUGCCGAAAGCAGCUCUCCACCGGCGAGGAACUCUACGUCCUCGAGGAAAACAAGUUCGUGUGCAAACAAGACUACAUGAGCGGCAAGUUAACAGAUGUGGUGUGGCGGGCGUCUCUCACCCUCCCCGCCUCCAUUACAGUCGACCCUUAUGUCAUGUCCGACGAGGAGGAGGAGAUCGAGUCUAUGGACACCGGGGACGCCUCGCUCAAGUCUCCGGGAUCAGACUCCGCCGCCCUGCACGCCCCUAACACACCGGCCACGCCCGCCACGCCCUCGGCCCCGCAAACCACCGAUCUCGACAAGGCCUCCAGCGUAAACUCCCGCGACGACGGCGAUGACGAGGACGAGGAUCUGGAGGCUGGAAAGGACGACGAUGACAAGAGAGUGGCUGAGGAGGAGAAGGGGUCUAAGCGACGCGGCCCCAGAACCACCAUCAAAGCCAAACAGCUGGAAAUCCUCAAAAACGCCUUCAAUAAAACGCCCAAACCAACCAGACACAUUCGGGAACAGCUGGCUAAGGAAACUGGCCUGCCCAUGCGAGUAAUUCAGGUGUGGUUCCAGAACAAGAGAAGCAAGGAGCGGCGACUCAAACAGCUUUCCUCCAUGGGGAUGCGCGCACACCUGUUCGGCAACCCACGGAAGCUGCGUGACCUACCCCUGGGGAUGGAGGACGGCUACGGCUUCUUCCCCGGCUACAAUGGCUUCCCCGGACAGCAGUUCCCCGGGUAUUUCGGCCCCCAGCAGCCCAUGGGGUACCCGCAUAUGGGUCCCGGCAUGGAGCAGCCCCUGCCCCCUGGUGGACCCAUGGGGGCCGCUGAGUUCCCCGGAAUGCCCCCGAUGGCCAUGAUGGGGGAGGCCUUCCCGCCCCACCCACCCAUGACCUCCCCCUCCGAGGAUGUCUCCGUUCACAGCGGCUCCGGUGGAUUCAGUGACCAUCAAAGUUCGGAAAUUCUGGCGUGGUAACCUGACAUCACGUGACCUCCGCCACCACCACCAUCACCACCACCAACAACAAAAACAAACGACAAACAAAGCAACCAAAGAAGCUGCCCUUGCGGAACUCUGUGACGUCAUAAGUCUGAUGUCACAAGAUGUUUUCCCGCUGUUUUUUUUUUCUUUUCUUUUUUAUGUUAUUAUUCAUUUUUAUUGUUAUUUUAUUCCUGAAAGAUGACCCGUUGAUUUUUUUGUUUUGUUUGUUAUUUCCGUAUGAAUUCUAAGGAAGGAAAGAAGGAAUAAGGAAGGAAAAAGGAAAAAGAAUAAACUAGAAACGAAGAAAUGAGAUAUUUUUGUGAAGUCGGUGCAAGUGGACAAAAAGAAAGAAAGCAGAAAAGAAGUAGAAGAUGGUGAGGAAGAUGGAGAAGAAGGGGGAGAAGGAGGGAAGAGAAGGAGGAGAAGGAGGUGGAAAAGUUAUAUUAUUAUUAUUAUUAAUCUUAUUCAGUAAAUGUCGUCCAUAGAUGUCAGUGUAAAGGGGAUGAAAAGAAAACGGGAAGAGGGAGGGAGAGGGAAGGGGAAACUAAACUACACUGCUCUCUGACUCUGAUUUAAUAAAGAGUCGGUUUUAUAAUUACCUUGGCAGUCACGUCACGUUUUGGUUAGUGGAUCCAUUUUUUCCAAACACCGCUGGAACAAGACGCGCCCUGUACGCCCCGAGGAAGGUAGGAAGAACGUGCACAGUAGCCUUUCACACGGUUUUGUAUGUAUGUACGGUGUAGUCAUGAACGUACGUAGAAUGGGUUCACACACACACACACACACACACACACACACACACACACACACACACACACACACACACACACACACACACACACACACACACACACACACACACACACACACACACACACACACACACACACACACACACACACACACACACACACACAGUAGAAGUAUCAUAGUUGGUAUCUUGUGUACGCGUUACUCGUGUGCAAGGCUACAUGUGUGCGUUAAACUAAAAGAUAAAGAGAAAAUGUCCACUUUCAGGUAGUCGUGUGUACUUACAGAGACAGCCAUGAACGUAAAGGUAAUAGAUAACCUACAAACGAGACUGUUAUUAUUAAUGAGUCGUAAAAUAUGCAUAAUCAUUUUAAUAUCAUUUUUGCAGCACUGAAUCUCAAGUUUUAUGACGUUUCAAUAGUUGCCGUAACAUUAAAAUCCUUCGUAAGAUAUUUGAUGGUAGAUUCUAAUGCGUUCAAGAAAUCAGAACCCUUUUAAUUCCUAUUUAUGGCAUCUGAUCCUAAGUUUAUGAGCAUUCGGGACUUGGAAUCGCCGGGAACCUCUUCAUAACUUCAAAACGUUCAUGGCUUAAGUUCAAGUUUCAUGACUCGAAUACUCCCAAAUCUCUCUCUGUAAGGUGUUCGAUCCAAAGUUCAAAAGGGUUCAGGGCGCGGACUCCCGGAGGAUUGUCUACAGGGAUAACAUGGUACCUGCUCGAUCCUCCUUUAGAGCGUUGGAUCAUCUUUCGUCCACUUAAGCAAAGGGUUCACAUUCCUGAUAUACAUAUAUAUAUUGCUAUGAACUAUUUAUAAGGCUUGGGGAGGGGACCAGGGACGGGUGGGGGGGUGUAUAUAGAUGUACAGUCUGUUGUAGUGCAGGAUAAAACAAACAACCCUUUUUUUUCUUUUUCCAUUUUUAUUAUGAUUAUUAUUCAUCUGUGAGUGUAGAUAGAUUUCCCAAAAGUUUUACAGCCGAGUGUACUAUUACUGCUAUUAUCAUUACUAUUAGCUCUUACGUACAAGUUUUUUUUUUUCUCAUAUCUUUUUUUCAUUGGAAGCUGUUUCAUCAUUGUUUUGUUUUUUUGUUUUUUUUUCGUUAUUUUCUUUCCAAUUUCUCGUCUACGAAAUAAUUAUGUACUGACUCGGUUUGGCGCUUCGAGUAGUAACAGUCGCGGAAUAUAAGAAUCACUAACUUAUGCCUAAGGUGUUCUACCGUACUGAUAUUAUGAAGUUAUGACCCGUCCAGUGCCUCGUGGCGUCCCCGUGGCGUCACCGAGGGCUGGGUGGCGCCGAGAGGAAAGAAAACGCAUCCUUGUUUCCCUUACAUCUCGUGUUCUAAACAUUUCUUAUUUUUUUCCGUUUCAUUGAGUUUUCCUUUAAGUGUAUGAGUGUAAUAACGACCAGUGCUUCAUUAAUGUAUAACACUUGAGAGGCUGACGACGCCAGCAUCACCAGCAACCUUGAGAAAAGUGAACAUUAUGAAAAAAAAAAUUCUGCCCGGAGGUGAGAGAAAAAAUAAUGUUUACGAAUGAUCUGCCCGGCACUCCACUCUGGCGAGGUUGAUGACUAGCAAUUACACGCUAUAAAUUCCUGCUAUCUCAAGCCUCCCAGAUGAAUGGCGGAGUUUGCAGGACGAAAUGGAAGAUAAUUAUUAGCUUCUGAACUUUCUAAGCAAACGUUGGGGAUGCGUUCAGUCCGCGCAGCAAUAGCUUAAUAGGGGCAAUUACAAUGACAAUUGGCUAACUUUUCCAAGGUUCCUGGUGUGUGCUGCCGAGGGAAACAGUAGCCCGAGGGACGCGAGUGGGGAGAUACUGCGUGCCUCUCCUCCUCCUCCCUCCUUGGCGUGCUCUUCAUUACGGCUUGUUUAUUUGAUUUUUUUUUUACAUAUAUUUUUCUGAUUAUAUGUGAAUCUGUGAUAUCAAUUAUUUGUUAUAUCUCCAGUGACACUUUUUUUGUAAUAAAACUAACGAAAUGAA